UAUUAAGGCCACCGUCGAUGAGAUUUUAAGGAGCAGUGUUCCAUGAAUUAGUGUCGCGGUAAGCUGAGUCUCGAAAUUGGCUAAUUAAUUGUUUAAUUCUGUCAACGUUCGCCAUGAUCCUUUUAAGUAUUUUGUGGACCUUGUGUCUAAUGUGUGGUCUCAGUGAUGCCAUUGGUUUUCGAGGAUUUCAUUUCGAAGGUUUAGAAGAGCCAGACAUUACAAACCGUAUCACUGCCCAAAGUAUAAACGAACGCUGGAUCGAGCAGCCACUCGAUCACUUCAAUCCUCGAGACAAUCGGACUUGGUCAAUGCGCUAUUAUGAAAAUUCUGCCCUGUUUAAAAAGGGUGGUCCGAUUUUCAUCAUGAUCGGAGGAGAGUGGGAAAUAUCUACGGGUUAUUUAGGUGCUGGUUUGAUGUAUGACACUGCUCUUGCCCACAACGCUAUGUUGUAUUACACCGAGCAUCGUUACUACGGCAAAAGUCAUCCAACCGCAGAUCUCACUUCAAAGAAUCUGCAGUACCUGAGCGUGGAUCAGGCGUUAGCGGAUUUAGCAUACUUUAUAGAGACUAAGAAAAAGGAGGAAGGAUUGGAAGAUAGCGCCGUUAUCGUUUUCGGAGGAUCUUACGCAGGAAAUAUGGCAGCUUGGUCGAGACUCAAGUACCCUCAUCUAAUUCAAGGCGCAUUGGCUAGCAGCGCUCCGGUAUUCGCAAAAGCCGACUUUUACGAGUAUUACGAAGUUGUGGCCGAAUCGCUGCGUAGACACAGUCAGCAAUGCGCGGACGAUAUUAAAGCCGCGUUCGACGCGGUUGAAGAACUGUUAGCAGCUGAACACGGCCCGGAGAAAUUGAAGUCCUACUUUAACUUGUGCGACUUACCAAACGUGAAUUCUACCAACGACCUUGGACUAUUGAUGAAUACUUUGGCGGAGACGUUCGCGGGCAUCGUUCAGUACGAUUCUGUGGUGAAUGGACAAACAAAAAUCGCUGCUUGCUGCGAAAUUAUGACUGCACCCUAUCUAGGCAGCCCUCUUCAGAGAUUAGCUCAUCUGGUAGAAGGCGAUGAUUGUUUAUCGAGCGAUUACAACGAAUUCGUCAGGGAAUACACUAAGGAAUCUUGGGAAGCGCAACCUAAUAUCAUGAGACAAUGGCAGUACCAGACGUGCACCGAAUACGGUUAUUAUCAGACAACUAGCUCAAAGAAAUCCAUUUUCGGUUCGCUGUUCCCAUUGAGCUUCUUCACGGACAUGUGUACCGAUCUAUACGGCAAUCAUUUCGAUAGCGAUUUCUUGAACACGAGAGUAAGGCGAACGAAUUUAAUGUACGGAGGACUGCGGCCCGAUUUACGAAACGUAAUUUUCACCAACGGAGACAUCGACCCGUGGCAUGCCCUGUCAGUUCUUAAAGAUUUGAAUCGAUUCUCGCCUUCUAUAUUGAUCAAUGGUUCGUCGCAUUGUAGCGAUCUGAAGGAGAACAAAAGCACCGACGUGCCAGACCUUGUCCAGGCAAGAGCAAGAGUGCAAGCAAUCAUCGGCAGCUGGAUCAAGUUCUAAUCUUUCGCGUUAAUUCGCCGUCGAAAGAAGGAAAGAGUGAGAUGGAUGUAAAAAACUGUGCAUUUAUUCUCUAUUUACAACCGAUCGAGUGCUACAAUAUAAUUUUGGUGUAACUUAUAAACAUUAGCUUACUCGUAAACCUAAUUUACCUCUACGAUUUGCUCCAAACAGGGCUUAAUUAAGAAUUAACAAUUUGUCGAGCGCGCUGAUAAGCAAUUGCGUCGACCGAGAUCGUACAUUCAACAUUGUAUAAAUGCUUGAAAUAGAAAUCCCCCAGACAAAGUAAAUACGAUUAACACG